AUGGUAACUGAAACUCAAAGUGGUGCUCCAUUAUCUGGUUCGGCCUCUAAGCAGUCUCAAUAUGACCAAUCGGCAAAUAGAAUUCAAGAGUUUUCGACUGCGAAUGAGACACCGGUUGUUUCUGUCAUCAGGGAAAUCCUCUCCGAAGCGUCCGCGGACCUCGAAGGUGUCUCGCCGAAUGACGCAGCAAGGGACUUAAUGGAAGCCGCACAGCCUAAAAUAGCAGAUUUGAUAGCAGAAUGCGAAAAGUUGAAAUUAGAAAACGAACAGCUGAAUGAGGAAAAAGAAAAGUUUGACAAGCAGAAGGAUUUCAUGAAAGACGAGAUUCUGAGUCUGCUGAGGGGGUUGGAAGGUCUGAAGGAAGUUGAGGGAGAGAAUGAGAACCUUAAGGAAACUGUGAGACAGCAGAAGAGACAACUCAGACAGGCAGUCGCCCUCGCCCAACAGCAAAGCGAAACCAUGCCGUCUAAGUCGCAGUCUACUGAAAAACCUAACCAAGGUGAUCCUGAAGACACUACUACUGUUACUACGAAAGGGACUAAAGGUAGUAAACAGGAGUCCACAGAGGAGCAGCUCCUGAAGAUGCUGAAAAAUGACCUGGACGAGGCGGAGAGAGAGAACACUUUGAUGCACGAGGACAACAAAGUUCUCAAGGACGAACUACAGAAGACUCAGAACAAACUCAGGGAGUUCGUGUUUGACUCAUCGUCGUCCACUCUGUCCGGGUCUGUGGCGACUUCACCUACUGGAGUGGCGAAAAAAUCAAGUGGUGGGGAUAAAGAUCUAGCGACGAAUUCGAACACUGUGAUUGAAAGGCUGAGGUCAGCUAAUAGAGCGCUGCAAGCAGAGGUCGACAACCUCAGGGAGAACCUCUUUCAACCGUCUGGUGUGGAAGAAGAGGAUGUGUUACGCAAAGAGCUGAAGAAGUCAUUGGAUGCAAAUAGGGAAUUGAAGGCAGUAAACGAACGAGUAGCUCAACAGUACCAAGACACUCUUUCGCAAGUACAUCACCUGUCGAAGAAUGAGGGCAAACGUGUGAGUGAGUUGAGACAAGAGAGAGACAGACUUAAGGGAGACUGCAGACAGCUCCAGGCCACUCUAAACCACACCCGACAAGCUAUCAGUGCCACCGCUACAUCUACAUCCAACAACCCACAGGAAUUGAACACAGUGGUUGUCGCGACGAUAAAAGACCUCGAAGUAGCUGAGAAGAAGUGUCAAGAGCUGCGUAGUGGCAACCAAAAGUUAGACGAAAAACUGGACAUGGAAGCGGCCAAAUACCAGAAACUGAAGAGGGAAAGUGAAGACAGAAUUCUCAGUCUGCAGAAAGAAGUGUCUUUCGCCAAUGAUGACAUCAUCAGACUGGACCAGGAAUUGAACGAGUUGAGGGACCAAUUGGCCGAAUCAGUGGAGGGAGAGGAAGGGGAAGUUUUGAAGAAGGAUAUAAGGAAGCAGACUGAGCUGAACAAAGUGUUGAUCGAGGAGGCAAAUGAAGCAAAGGGAAUGACUCUAGAGUCUCAGGCCAAAGUGAAGGAGCUGAGUAACAAACUGAAAACUGCCAAGGAGCAAAUUGUCCAGUUGGAAGACAGUCAGCAUGGUCUAAUGCAGGAUAAGCGUGUCCUAGAAGAAGAAAUUGAUUCAAUCAGAAUCGCUUUGGCAGAUCCGAACGACGCGAAGAGUCAUGUUUUGGCUCGGGAGUUGUCGAACCUUCAGGAUCAAAUACACCAAAUGAAAGAAGCCAAUGCGCAAUUGAAAAACGAGAAACUUGAAUUCGAACCCGAAUUGGAGGAGUUAGUGACCGACAAUGAAAAACUGUUGGAAGAUGUGAAGAGACUAGAAGCCGAAAAUGAAGCACUUCGACAGAUGGUCGAAAACGGCUAUCAAAAUUCGGAUAAUGAGACAACAAAAGAAGUCUCUGAUAAUCAGUUGGAGCUGGACUUGUCAGAGCUGAAAGGAGAAAAUGCUGCCUUGAAACAAAAAGCAUCGCGUGAGAACUUGAACUUAAAACAGGCGCAAAACAAUGCUGAAACUGUAAUGCAACAUAUGGCUGAACUGAGCUCUGAGAACGAGGAGAAAGCGGAAACUAUUUCGAAACUGAGGACACUUUUAAUCUCUGGUGCAGGUGCCACUGAUGUGAAUACAGCCCUGCAAGAAGACCUGGCCUUGUGUCAGCAGAAUUUGGAUCUUUCCUCAGAGCGAAAUCACGAAUUGAUUGAACAAAACUCGCAGCUGAAGGCCAAACUCGAGCAAUUAGCUGCCCAGAAACAAUUCGAAUCCCAAGCAAGACAAGAAAACAGUAAUCAGAAGCCCCGAGAUGUGGCCAAUCCAUCUGGACAAUUAAGCGAAGAAGAAAUACCGGAAGAUUUUGUAAAAGACGGGCAGUUGCAAAGCAUGCCAAUAACUAGAGUAGAAAAACCAGGCGCCUUGCUUUCAUCUACUUAUCAAACCCAAGCUCCUGCUCCGCCAUUCCGUGACGACACAAUGGUAGCACGCGAACCAAUAGCUGAAGAUGAAGCUAUUAUGGAACCACGACAGAACCGAGCAGUGUUCAAUCAACCGCUCCCCGAGAGAGGUCUCCAAAGUCGACCCGAGUCUGAACUGAGCGAAGCGACUGACGAGUUCAGUCAGAAUAACCAGGCGGCAAAUCUCUCUGACAUCGACGAAAUUUCCGAGUGCACCGGCAAGAGUGAGUCGAAUUUGGAGUCAGCAAGGGACAGUGACUACUUCUCAGUGGCACAUGAAGCCACCGUUGAUGACUCAUCCCCCUCUACUCAUCAAGCGGGCCAAAUUGGACCUCAGCAGUCGCAGUUAUCUCCUGGAAGGACUAGUGGCACAAGUAAUUUACCCCAGCCGUCUAGACUGCCAGUUCCUUCUGGUCAAAGAGCUGAAGCGGAGAGAACAGUUUCUCCCAGCCGCCAGAAAGAGCUUGAAGCAGAACUGCUGAGGAAGGAAGCGAAGAUAAACGAACUGAUGUCGACGCUCGAGAUGUGCAGACAGAAUGCGCAAGUGAACGAUGACAGCCAAUUGGCCAGUCUAAUCCAAAAUGAGCUCGAGCAACAGAAAGAAAGUGAUCGGGUCUCAAUGGACUCUCGGAAUAUUGUUUCUGAUCCCGAGUUAAUCAUUGAGGAGCUGAAAUUGCAGCUGCGCUCCAAGACAGUUGAAAGCGAAACUCUUUCUUCACAAGUAGAGCGGCUUAACCGAUUCAUUGUCAGUAGCAGUGUCGCGUCAUCCUCAGUGGAUGCUACUGAACAUAGGCCGAUGACGUCAUCAGAGUUGUCGGCCGAGCGAGAAUUCGGCUCAGUGAGCGAAGUGCAGUACUGGAAGACUGAGUGCGAGCUACUCGAUGAGAAACUGAAGGAUUUAAAGGAACAGCUGCUGGCUCAAGAAGAUAAGGCGGAACAACUGCGAAAACAGAACAAUCAACAUCAAAAUCAGCUUUUAGAGCAAAAUGAAAGUAUUCCCAAACUGAUACAAAGCUAUGAAACCGAGAUUGUAGAAACUAUUUCACAUACUGAAGAAAGCGAACCUAAGCUCUUUGAUAGUCCGAAUCCAAUUGAGUCGAGCAAGACAAUGCAUGCGCCGUCACAUGAAAAGCAACAAAGACCAAUACUUGAUCAAGUUUUAUCGCUGCCUGAAGACGCGGAAGAGGUUUCGGACGAAGAUGAUAUGGUCAUAAUCGAGUCACAACCUGCCAGUCCCAAUCCAGAAGAAAUGCUGGAAUCAGAUAACAAUAACUAUCAGAGUUCAAAUACCGAGCUUGUUAGAGUGACACAGAAGCCCAAUAAUUCUUUGAAUGAUGCUGAGCUACGCGACAGGUACAACGAAGCUCUUCAGCAAAACGAGAAAUUGGAAGCCGAAAUUGAACAAUUGCGAUCACUCUUUCCUAAAUCAUGGUCGUCUGGCGAUGAAAUUUCUUCUAGUAAUAUAGAGUUUCGACAACUUCAAAGCAGUAUUUCUGAUGCUAACAACCAGAGAGCCAGAGAAAACCAGAUCGCAAUGGAAACCGUGCAGAUCAAAGCAACUUUGGGCGACAACAAAAUAAUGAAACUGGAACUACUCCUCAAUUUGUAA